AUGACAUCAUUCCCAAUCAGCUUCUCCAGGGUCGCUGCUCCCUCAAACAAGACGAUGGACUCAGCAGAUCCAGCCUCACAAGACCCUCUCCUGUCGCUUCGGCGCGCUAUUGCCUCUGGCAACCUCCCCACACCCACAACCUCAUCUGAGCACUCAGACCAAGAUGCGACAGACGACCUGGCAAAAGCCACACAUCUUUAUUUCUCACAACCAGUCUCCCAGUCUCUACUACUGACAACACCCACCCGCUUUAUCUCUUCAACCACCGAUUCGCCUGUCGACCUGCGCAGCAUCUUUUUCGCGUGGCAGAAGAAAGAUGUCGCGAUUCCUGAAUACAUCGUCUCUGCACAGGAGCUGAGCGAGGCCCUCAAGCAAAAAGAGCAACAAGAGCCCGGAAAGGAGGAGACUGUUCAAAACUUGGUUUUUGUUGAACGCCUCGAUCUCAUUACCUGGCUGGAGGGCGCUUCGGAUGACAGCGAGUAUAUCAAGCCUCUGGAGGGUGUUGCUGCAGCUGCUGAUGCUGCCGCUACCGCUGUGGGAGCUACCCAGGCUGAUCCUUCUACUGCUACUGGUGCUGGAGCUGCAGGUAUCUCAUCGGCGCCUAGCGGUGCUCCCGGUUCGGCGCCAGUUGGGAGUCAAGUCGGCCGCGCACAGAAACAGAUUGAUCCUCAAUUGCAGGCAAUUUACGCAGCAGAGUGGAAGGUCGGUGACCGGAACACAUUGCUACGGGGAACCAGGCCAACUGACUUCUCUUUCGUUCGCAAGAGCACCGAGAGCUUCCUAGGUAGCCGCUCGCGAUCUGGUCAAUCAGGCGCCAAACCGAGCAGCAAAAGCUCAGCAAUGGUGCCAGCACCCUCAGCCGGACUGUCCAUGCCCUCAUCUCGAAAAUCCAACUCCCGUCCCGACCCUAUUAUCCUACUCUCCCCCUCCGCUUCCUCCCUUAUUCGAAUGUCUAAUAUCAAAUCCUUCCUCCAAGACGGCGUCUUCGUGCCGCCAGACCACCCCACCCUCAGCACCUCUACUGAAGCCAACUUUAUGGAACUUCGGCGGCCGAUGCGCGCUUCUAACCCCAACGGAGGCCCACUGGCCUCAGCCAGUGCCGGCCGCGGAAAUAAACCGACUAAGUUUAUCCUUGUCGAUGGAACGACCAACUUUAAGCCUGAAUAUUGGUCCCGUCUCGUGGCCGUCUUCACUACUGGCCAGGCUUGGCAAUUCAAGUCGUAUAAGUGGUCUAAUCCCCCGGAUCUCUUCAAGCACGCCACCGGUGUUUAUGUUGGUUGGCGUGACGAGGAGCCUCCAUCUAGCGUAAAAGGCUGGGGCCACGGAGUUCGCAGUUUCGCCGUUGAGCGGUGGGAUGAUAAGAGUGGCUUGAAUGGCACUGGACGGUGGAGAGAUCGAGAGAUUGUCGAGGGAAUUUGGAUGGCUAUUGAGGAAGGCAUGCAAGCCCGUGGUUGGGGGUCCAAGGGCUAA